AUGUCCCAACUAACCAAAGACUCAUCGAUCCUCAUCAUCGGCGGCGGCACCUGGGGCUGCAGCACCGCCCUCAAUCUCGCGCGGGCAGGCUACAAAACCGUAACCGUCCUCGAGCGCAGCCCGAUACCCUCGCCCACUGCCGCCGGGAAUGAUGUAAACAAGAUUAUGGAGGAGGGCGCCCCCUCCGACACAGACACACCCGAGCAAUACGUCUGGAACAGAAUGCACCAAAUCACCACAAACGCAUGGAAGAACGACCCCGUCUUCCAACCCUUCUACCACCCAACGGGGUUCAUCAUGGCCGCGAGCCAAGAGUCCGCAAGGCCCCAUGUAGAUAGAUAUAUCGCGACCUGUCCGGAUGAGCUGCGGCUGCUUAACACCGCGGAGGAUUUCAGGGCUACAAUGCCAGAGGGAAUCCUGACGGGCGAUUUUCCCAAAUGGAAGGGUUUCUUCCGCGAGACGGGCGCCGGCUGGGUUUUUGCCCGUGGCGCCCUGGAGGCCGCGUUUAAGGAGGCCUCGAGACUGGGCGUGAAGUUCAUUACGGGCGAUGAAGGGGGCGUUAAGAGCCUCGUGUACUCGGGCGAUGGGAGCGAUGUUAUCGGCGCGCAGACACUCGACGGACGCGAACACAAAGCAGACCACGUCAUCCUCUGCGCCGGAGCUGGCAGCGACCAGCUCCUCGACUUCGAGAAGCAGCUGCGCCCGACAGCCUGGACGCUAGCACAUAUCCAGCUGACCGAGGAGGAGCGCAAGCUGUGGAAGGACCUGCCCGUGCUGUUCAACGUCAACAGCGGAUUCUUCAUCGAACCCGACUCCACCGGCCAGCUCAAAUUCGUCGACGAACACCCCGGCUACGUAAACAUCCCGCCCUCCCAAACCCCCCUCCCCUUCCCACAGUCCACCCCCUUCGCAAAGCACCAAAUCCCGCUGCAAUCCGAGCGCGCAGCGCGGCAAUUCCUCCGCGAUACCGUCCCCCAAAUCGCCGACCGCCCGUUCGCAUUCGCGCGCAUCUGCUGGGACGCCGAUACACCGGACCGCCAGUUCCUUAUCUCCCGACACCCGCGGUUCAAAUCGCUCGUUGUUGCUGUUGGUGGAUCGGGGAUGGGCUUUAUGAUGAUGCCGGCGGUGGGGAUUGCGAUUAAGGAGACGCUUGAGGGGGUUCUUGAGGGGAGGUUGAGGGAUGGGUUUCGGUGGAGGCCCGAGACGGCGAUUAACCGGGACUGGAGGGAUACGCAGGAUCGGUUUGGGGGGGAAGGGAAGGUUGGGAAUUUUGCGGAGGUGGAACAGUGGACCAGGGUUGGGGAGGAGAAGGCCAAGAUCUGA